AUGGCCAAGAAGAAAGCCCCAGCAGGCACGAAGGCAACUGCAAAAGCUGCAAAAAAGGCCAAAGCAGCCCAAAAAGUCGAGCGCAAGGAGAAGAAAAAAGUUUCAAAAUCCAAGGAUGAAGUCGAGGAGGACGAUGACGACCUCGAAGGGAUACUCGAAAGGAUGCAGCGGGAAUGGGAAGAAGCUCAUACUGUGACCGAGGAACUCGUCGAGGGACCACCCAGUCGACGUGUAAACGCGACGCUGACCGCGUGUCCAAACGGGAAUCAUCUUUGGUGCAUUGGAGGCGAAUUUUUUAGCGACGAUGGGAAAGCAUACUUUUACAACGAUGUCUUUCGCUAUUCGCCCGAGAAGGAUGAAUGGCGGAGGUUUGUAUCGAAAAUUUGUCCUGGACCUAGGUCGGCACAUGCUGUGGUAGCGUCGCCUUCAAGUGGCGGAAAGAUAUUCCUAUUUGGCGGCGAAUUCUCCUCCUUGCACCAAAACACGUUCCACCAUUACCGCGAUUUCUGGUGCUUCGAUAUAACGACUCAUUCGUGGGACAGGAUUGACACCAAGAUUCGGCCAAGCGCGCGUUCCGGACAUAGGAUGGCCAUUUGGAAACAAUAUAUUGUCCUCUUUGGUGGAUUUUACGACCCAGGCGUAACAACUCGAUAUCUGAACGAUCUUUGGCUCUUCGACACGCAAGAGUACAAGUGGCGGCAAGUAGAGUUCAAGGAUACGGAACCACGUCCUUCAGCAAGAAGUGGCUUUUCUUUUCUUUCGACACCUGAUGGAAUCGUUCUACAUGGCGGCUACUGCAAAGAGUACGUUAAAGGAAAGCGCCCGAUCGAAUGUGGCUCGAAAUGCCGGCAGGAAGGAAAAUCGACGGCAGACCCCUUGAAACUCAAAUGGGAACGCCGGAAGAGACCUUCGACGGCCUAUGCUCCAUCGCUACGUUCAGGAUGUACUAUGGCGGCGUGGGCUCCGAGAAACACGGGAGUGAUGUUUGGGGGAGUGACAGAUGAGGACACAUCGGAGGAGACGCUUCGAGAGAACGGCUACCAGUGGACGGGGAAGGGGAAGUGGGUGUCGAUGACGUUAAAGCGACCUAAGAAGGCUGGAGGGACUAAGAAGAAGAAACCAACGAAGAAAGAGGACGACGGCGACGACGACACGAUGGUAAGGACCCUCAUCCUUCGCUUGCUAGAUACCUUGUUGAUGGCGACAUUGCAGGAAACGGAUGCCCUUUCUCAGGAUGCCGAGGUGGACCCCGAUGAUCCUAGCCAGACGCUUCCUCUACCUCGGUAUAAUGCCAUGCUUGCUGUUUUGCGCAACACACUCUAUUUAUAUGGUGGCAUAUUCGAAAAAGGCUCGCGCGAGUAUACACUCGACGACUUUUAUUCGCUGCAGCUCGACAAGAUGGACCGAUAUGUGUGCUUGAAAGAAAGCGGAGUCGUCAUAGUUGAGGGUGACGACGAGAGCAGUAGCGAUAGUGAGGAUGAUGAUGGAGACGACGACGACGACGAAGAUGGUCAUGACGAGACUAUGAUUGGAGAUGACGAGGCAGCCACCUUUGAUAAAGAACCCGACGAAAUUGCCAUGCUCAAAGAAGUUGAGGAAGUUCCGGAGACACAAGCUGAGAAGGAUGCUUUGCGCGCUCAGGCAACGACUUUCAUGGGUGUCGCACGGGAUAAUACACGUUCUGCCGAAGAUGUUAUCAGUACGCCGUUACCCGGAGAGACGCUUGCCAUGUUCUACUCUCGGUCCCGGGAAUACUGGGCACAGAAGGCCCACGCGACGAGUGACAGCCGAGGGAAGCAACUCCGUCGGGAUGGAUUUACGCGUGCUAAAGAGCGAUAUGCGGAAUAUAAGCCUAUCCUCCAAGAAGUGGAGAAGAUCUUGGCCGAGGCUGGGUUGGAUGAAGAAGAAAUGAGAAAAGGAGCUGCGGUGGGGCCAGGGAGUGGUGGCGGGCAGAGUCGAAACCGCCGUUAA